AUGUCUCAUUUCGUGAAAAAUAAGAAUGGACAUUGUCGUCUGUGCACAGAACCAGAUGACAAGCAGGACAUGGUCGCAUGUGACGAAUGUGACCGAUGGUUCCACCACGGAUGCGCAGGGUUGGGAAGAUUACCAACCAAAGGAGAGCGAUGGAUUUGUAUCAAAUGUGCUGCCACAGAAGAACAAAUCCAUUCAUUGGAGAAGGCCAUGAAGGUCAAAAGAGACUCCAGUCAAAAGGAAUCCAAAAUGGAGGCAGUAUUCGGCGAAAUGCUAGAAGCACUAAGAAGCCUCAAUGAAAAUAACACAGCCGGUACAAGUCGGCAAGUUAAUGAUGAUUGGACUGUAUAUUUAAAGCGUCAAGCUUUAAUACAGCUUCCUAAAUUCAAUGGAUCGCCACGAGAAUGGCCUACCUUUAAAAAAAUAUAUGCAGAUACCUCGAAAGAGGGCAGGUUUUCACCGUUGGAAAACUUGAAUAGACUGCAGGUAGUGCUAGGAGGAUAUGCUGCAAAAUGUGUGCAGCCACUGAUGAUGGAUCCCGAGAAUGUUCCUAAAAUCAUAGAAAGAUUGGAACAGAAUUUCGGUAGACCUGAGACGGUCUACAAAGAAUUGUUGCAUGAGCUGACAAAAAUAAGAAAAGAAAAUAAAAACUCCGUAGCCGAAAUUGCUGACGCGUUAGAAAAUUUGAUCAGUAACAUGAUUGUCCUGGACAGAGAAGAUUACCUGCAGGAUAUGAGAUUAGUGGAGGAAACGGUAAAUAAAUUACCCUUCAACCUACAAAUAAAAUGGGCAGAGAAGCUACAACUAAAUAAUAUAGCGCCCACACUGAUAGAACUAAGUGAAUGGUUGAAACCUCACGCACGCACUUGUAGGUUAAUGACCUCAAUGUCCCAAAAUAAAGAAAAAAGGGACAGAAUAAACCUACACGAUGAAAAACGACCGUCUUGCCCAGCCUGUAAGGAGUCACACAAGCUGAUACAGUGCAAUAAAUUUAGGGCAAUGAACCUAGAAAGACGGUGGGAAGUUGUAACAAAAAAUAAGUUAUGCAUGAACUGUUUGGCAAGCAGCAAACAUAGAGCCAUAGAUUGUUGGACCAAAAGGAAGUGCAACGAAAAUGGAUGUAAAGGAAACCACAAUAGAUUGCUGCACAAACCCACAGUACAGAUAAAACCUAAAAAGGUCGAGGACCCGGUGGCUGGAGAAGACACAUCUAACGUGCAUCAGACUAAACGGACAAGUGUUUUUUACCAGAUCAUUCCGGUAACAUUGUGGAACGGGAAUCGCAAGACCCAGACGUUUGCCUUUUUAGAUCCAGGCUCAUCACUUACUUUACUUGAUGAGCAAGUAGCAGAAGAACUACAACUAAAGGGUAAGGUCGACCCUUUAAAAUUAAAGUGGACUCAAAAUUUCUCAAGAGAAGAAACAGAAAGCAAAAGAGUUAAUCUACAAAUAAGUGGCAAAACCACUACGAAGUACGCCUUGAAGGACGUAAGAACCGUUAAGGACAUAAAUUUACCUUUGCAGUCAAUAGAUUAUGAGCAGUUGGCCGCAAAAUAUAAACAUUUAAAUGGAUUGCCAAUCUCCAGUUAUUGUUACGCAAGGCCAAAGGUUCUGAUCGGAUUAAAUUAUAGUCAUUUGUUACUUCCACUGGAUAGAAGAACAGGAGGACAUGAAAAACCAAUUGCUAUAAAAACCAAACUCGGGUGGAUGAUAUUUGGAACUAUAUCUGGAUCUGUAACCGGUGAACAUUUGAUGAUAAUUCAGGAGGAAGACCGGCUAAUGAGAGAUAUGAUGAAAAGGUAUUUUUCUAUUGAAGAUUUUGGUGUAAAGAUUUCGGCAAAUCCAUUGGAAUCAAAGCAACUUACUAGAGCCAGAGAAAUUAUCGAUAAAACACUAAAGUACACCGGCAAACGAUAUGAAAUUGGACUGCUUUGGAGAGAGGAAAAUUUUAAAUUUCCGGACAGCUACAACAUGGCACUAAAAAGGUUAAUCGCACUGGAACAAAAGGUUCAGAAGAAUGAAACAUUGAAGACAUGGGCAACUGAAACUAUAAAUGACUAUGUGUCGAAAGGAUAUGCCAAAAAGUUAACACCUGAAGAGGUUUGUGAGUGGUCUGGCGAUAUGUUUUACUUGCCUCAGUUCAUCGUCAUCAAUAAAAACAAAAAUCCACCGAAACCUCGCUUAGUUUUUGAUGCCGCAGCCAAAGUGAAAGGUGUUUCACUUAACUCAGCACUAUUAUCCGGACCGGAUGCAACCACCUCGUCAUUUGGAGUUAUAAUAAGAUUUAGAGAGGGCCCAGUCGCUGUAGCUGGAGAUAUUAAGGAAAUGUUUAGUCAAGUGGGUAUAAAUAAGAAUGAUCAAAGAAAAUAA